AGCGUUCUUUUAAAAAUUAAAAAUUUUGAUUUUUUUCAAAUUUUUUCUUCACAGAGUCAAUCUGAAAGACCAAAACGCACAUAUUCUUACUCAGCUCGACGAGCUGUAUGUAAACAUGUAUAAAUAUCGCCAGGGGCGUAGCGAUCGCGCGGGAGUGCGGGCGGAUGACCCCUCUCCUGCUUCAGAAAACGUUUGCUCUUUCCGCAGCAAAAUAUCAUAAAUCUUCUUUUCCUGCGUAGUAGAAGUAAUUUGAUACGAAUUUUUUAACAGGAAUACAACAUUAUUUAACAGGAUAAUUUAAAGUCACCUCCUCCCUGGUUUGGAGCCCUCGCUACGUCCCUGAAUAUCGUGAAAAAAGUUUUGCUUGAUUUUUGAAUUAGCGACAUCUUAAGAGUACCUCCCUCUUUUUUCACCUUGUUACCAAAUGCGGAACACACGUCCAACCGAGUUCAAAUUUAUACCAGAGAUAGAAGAGCGAAAAAGAAAAUCGAUAUAUUUCUGCUCAGAAUUUUUUGGCAUGAUCUUCUAUGGGUUUUCUGGAAAACUCCAGUUUUCAUCCGGUCACAUUAUGACCUCUCGAAAAAAUAGUCCGAUCGAGUGAAAAUUUUUACAUCACAGUAGAUGAUUUUUAAAAAUCAAAAGGUUAUCUUAAACUUAUUAUGACAAACAUUCUAUGAUUUUCAAAUGUCUGCUUGUUUUUUUUACUGGGAUGAAUAAUAAAUGUCUCUCUCUCUCUCAAUUUUUAUUCCGUAUAUGUUUUGAGCUUUUUAACGUAACGGUUGGUGAGUACUGGAGAAGUGGAAAAAAAUACGAAAGAAAAAAAAAAACGAGCAAAAAUAUGCGCUCUUAUUCUGUCUACACAUUUUCUAAACACACGAGAAUAAUUUUUCUUCCCUCUGUUGUUUUCUUUCUACUGUACUUAUAUCCUUUAUAAUAGAUGGUGAACAUUUUAAAUAAUAUUAUAUUAUAUAAAAACUGAACGGCUUUAUUUCUCACUAAAAUGAGGGAUGAGAAAUGACUAAAUGACACACAAUUAUAACAAGUGAAAUAGUGCAUUGAUAUAAAUAGCGUCAUUAAUCAUUUUAUAGAUGAUCUAAUAGAAAAUAUUGUCAUGGACAACAUGUUUUUCUUUUCUUUUCAGAUAAAAAUGCAAUAAUAACGGUAAUGUCGAGUCUAUAUAGUAAUAAUCAAUCAGAGGGCACAGCAAUACAUAAUGGCAUGAGUGCACCGCAAUCAACAUGGAUUGAUAAAUUUACGGAAUUUGACAAACGAUGCAGUGAAAGCUUGUUAUAUUUACUCUAUCGUAUAAUUGACAUCAGUCUAUUAAUCAACGGUCUUCGAAAUGGUAAAUGUGAAAAUCAACGUCUACGAACAAUUGCCAUCGUUUUACUAGUAUUCUAUUUGAUCGAUUUAUCUAUUAUAAUUGUUUUGUUUAUACGAAAAUUUUUAAAACGUUCAGAGGAUUUAACAGUAGAUAAUGAGCCAUCAUUUCUCAAAUGUGCAUCAGCUUUUCGUGGUCUGUUUUUAUUUUGUAAAUUGAUUCCAACAUGUUUUGGUACUGUCUACUGUUUUCAAUCAACAAUUAUUAAUCAAGAAUGUGAGUUAUUACGAGUUUCUGUGGGAAUUGUAUGCAUUUCGACAUGGCUGUUAAUGUUAAUGCCACCAACUCGACCGGAAAUCCCUGUUCGACGUUCAUUAUUAAUGGAAUGUUUUAUCUUGGUAUUUGUUCUUAUUAUCAACGGUGCAUAUGUUAUCACUAUUCUAGUAGCGUUACCUAAAACAAACGAACAAAAGAUGAACGAUGCAUGUACUUAUAAAGUCACAGAUGAUUUAUAUCUUGGUGCACCGUUAAUAACAUUUGCUUAUGUCGGUAUUUUUCUAUAUUCACUAACAACGCUUUUACAUAUUUUAAAUUUAGCAGUUAACCGAUUUCUAAUGAGAUUAUCAAAUGGUGGCAAUACAGCCAUGAUCAAAUAUUAUUUUGUUUAUUAUUGGUUCAGUUAUUUGUAUACAGUCGUUAUUAUUUAUUAUUUUUCCGUUGGUGCACUCUAUCUUUUUCGACCAAACAAUGGUCAACCGUGCAAACAAUACGCACCUAAUCUCUAUAAAACAUUACUUGUUUGGCAAUGGAUACGUAUUCUAGUGCCAUUGAUUGCCGUACCCCUAGUUGUGGUGUUAUGUUGUGUCGGUGUCGUUUUUGGAAUAUUACUUACCUAUUGUCUACCAGCGUCAAUCACCGUACCUCUAUUUGAAAUAAUACGACGAUAUUUGCCGUCUACACCGGGUGGUGGUCCGAAUCCAAUAAAUUUGCCGGCUACCAGAGAUAGUAUCAAUGCGUUACCAAUGGUUGUCUUUGGUCAAUUUGAAGAUCAAUUUGCACAAACAGAAUGUAAAUGUGCUAUAUGUCGAACAGAUUUUCAACCAAAUUUGAAAGUGAAAAAAUUAGGUUGUGGACAUUUAUUUCACUCGGAAUGCGUUGAUAAUUGGUUAUCAAGCACAGCGGAAAAAAAGAAUAUUUAUCCAUGA